CUACAAAAACUUUGUUUUGUUCCGCUGGCCGAACGCGAAUCCGCUGAUAUCAGCUCUAUUGAAAAAUAUCGUUUUGUUUCUAAUCUAAUGUUAUAAAUGUUUCUAAAAAAUUGUUAUGAUUUGAAACAUAAAUGAAAGCCGUUGUGUCUAUCGUACCAAGCGAGGUAUCUUCCAGAAGUAGAAGAACGCCAGGUUAUAAAGUUUGGUCUAUAAACUGAUCAGAAAUGGAAGAAGAAACCGAAAUAGAAAAUUCUGAGAUUUACUCUUCAUAAAUUAUAAGGAACAGUCAAAUGUCAGUAUACAACCUACCAAAUUCAAUGUUGUUCGUUUGGGAUUUUUAUACAGACUGGCAGGGCAGUUUAUUUGAUAUUGCCUAUCAGCAUAAAAAAGUCAACCCGAUACUCUUUUGCGAUGGCACUCUACAACUCGACGUUGGUUCAUGUAAGAAGGGAAAGAUCUGCGAAGUCUGCGGGAAGGCCCUCGCCUCGAACUCAUCCUACUACGUGCACAUGAAGAAGCAUUCGAACAACAAACCUUACAAAUGUAGCGAAUGCGACGCCGCCUUCUGCUGGAAGCCUUACUUGACAGCUCACAUCCGGACGCACACGGGCGAAAAACCGUUCAAAUGCGAAUGCUGCGAAAAACUCUUUACCCAGAAAAGCAGCCUUAAUAUACACAUGAGGAAGCAUACGGGAGAACGGCCGUACAAAUGUGACAUCUGCUUUAAAUCAUUUGCCGUUAAAAGCUACGUCACGUCUCACAGGAUUACUCAUAUCAAUAAAGACCCAGUACCCUGUUUGCACUGCGGAUUGGAGUUUCUGAACAAACAUAGUUACCUUUACCACAUGGAAGAGCAUAAAGUUAAAGACUUCCACUGCCAAUCCUGUGGUAAAAGCUUUAAUAAAGCCAACAAUUUAAUUAAGCAUAAUUUACUAGCCCAUCGAGGACAUUUGUUAGAAAGUCCUCUCUCAGACUAAUUUAUUUUAUAAUAAAAAUUGUUUUGAAAAACUUUCUAACUUUUUCAACUUUAAUUUGGUAGUCGUUUGGCAGGGUGAUCCUCCAAACGUACACUAAAACAAUGUGAUAUUAAGUUUACAAAUAAUAUUUCUAACGCUCAUUUUGCUAAGAUAUUUAUCUUUUCAUUUUUUAUUGUUUUUAUAUUCCGUCUUGUUAUAUGUUAGAAAUUUUUA